AAAGACUUCAGGUUUUUCGAGAAACCUGGAGAAACUGUGCCCUUGAGUGUACGGUCGUUGGACUUGUGCGGACUUGCGCGACAAUUUACGUCGGUCCUUUGCGUCUAUUUGCGCAUUCUCGCAACUAAUUAGCGUAUAAAAAGAUGCCUCGUCAAAGGAGAGCACCAGCCGCACCGAUGAGGCGGGCCCCUGCACCACCACCAGCCCGAGCACCGGCUGCACCUGCACCAGCCAGGGCAACAGCUGCGCCUACGCAACCUGUGCCAACCCAGGCGCACCCACCGGCGCCCAUGAUGUCCCAGCCUCAGCAGCCCGGCAUGUUUGCUCAAAUGGCCACUACCGCGGCUGGAGUUGCCGUUGGCUCUGCGGUGGGCCACACUAUUGGUCAUGCCCUGACUGGUAGCUUCGGAGGGGGAAGUGCCGAGGCUGCUCCUGCUGCUGCUGCUCCUGCGGCUGCUGUGCCACCCAUGCAGCCCCAGCAGCAGCUGAGUGGGCCGUGCCAGUAUGAGCUCAAGCAGUUCCUGGAGUGCGCCCAGAACCAGCAUGACAUCUCGCUGUGUGAGGGCUUCAACCAGGUCCUCAAGGAGUGCCGACUCCAGCAUGGUGGAGGCAUGUAAAGUAGAACACUAGGAAACAAUGCUGUUGGGCCCACUUCAGGAACAAGCUGAUCAACAGUGCUGAGGAGGGCAUUGUCCUUGCGCACAUGUGUAGAAAGUAAUAAAAGAGACAGUACUGUAGCGUGUUA